CGUCCUACUGUUGAUAACCGGUGCUGUCAUGUCGGCUCCCAUGAUGUCUCUGCAGAGAUGUUGCCAGCGGUCAGCUCUCCUCCUCAUUGCCAGACGACCGUGGAGCUCCAGCUCAGUGUCUCCUCCUCCCCUUCACAGGAGGCUGCUCCUCUUCCUCACCCAGCGUUACUAUGAUGUAGAGAUGCUGCUCAGCUGGAGGGCUCAGUGGAAGAGGAGGGGGAUUGAGAAGAAGAACGCUUAUUAUGGCUACACAAAGAGGUUUCAUGGACCAGACAUAGCAGCAGCCUAUUACAUCUUGAGUAUGAAGGGCGGAUUCAGGUUUGUUGGCCAAUCAGAGUGGUUCCUUACUGACCGCAGGGGCAAAUUCAACUGGGACUUCUUGAACCACAAAGACACACAACUACAGGAUGUAGACAUGAGCUACACACUUACCAACUACACUGGAUUGGUGAACUUGGAGGGGCAGCGAUCUUUGCGGACUCUGUCGUUAAGAGGAUGUCCUGAGGUUGAUGACUGGUUCCUUGCCAGGCUCCACAUGUUUCAGGACUCUCUGGAGGAACUCGACAUCUCGCACUGUCCACGCAUCACUACAGGAGGCCUGGCUGCACUCAGGAAUCUCAAGGGACUGCGGCGGCUGGAUGUAUCAUCCCUCCCUAGGAUUUCAAGUCCUGGGCUGGUCGUUAUCCUGCUUGAGGAGAUGUUACCACAGUGUCAGAUCACUGCUACUGGCUACGAUUACAGCCUGAGACAGGAUAAUGGAGAUGAAUCAGGGGAGCAGAUACAGGGGCAGAGGUAGUUUGAAGACUUUGUGAGGCAGAAACUAGCCAGGACUGAUGGCUGGGGCAAGACAGAAAGGUCCAGAACAGAGAGAAAAGAGGCUGCAACCAAGAGGAGCUCGCCAUCCGUGGGCCAAGAGCCUGAAAAGGAACAGAAAGACUGCAAUAAGUGGCAAGGGACUGUACUUGCAGAGUACUCUUCAGGUCUUUUGACCACACUUUCAGCAUGUUGUAUUCACUUAUUCACACACGGAUGUCAGAGGUUGUUUUGUCAAGUGUCCAUUUAUAGCAGCAUUCACUUGCUGCUAGCUUAGUCUCUGGGAUCAGUGUUUUGCUUUGGAAAAUUUUGACUGCAAGAGCUUUAAAUGAGUGGCCAAUCAGACUGAGAGACAAAUCUCUACAGCAACCGCUGCGCCUAUGUGAUGAACUUGUGGUUUGGAGCUGACCCUGAAAGUCACAUAAUCAUACAAAGUUUUUUUGUUUGGUCAAACCCUCAUUUUUCAUCUGUGUAUGAAAUUUUUUAUGAUUAAGUUCUCAGGAAUGGAAUUGUAUCGUUUUUAAUGCUGCUGUUAUCAGUUAACUGCACGUUAAGGGCUUUAUUUAUUUUCCUGUUUUUCAUUUGUGUAAUGCUUUUCUUCCACAUGGCUCAGAUGGACAUUUAUUGCAGUUGAAUCUGUACACGGGCUAAUUCUGUCACACAUAGUGAGUAUGUAAGAUAUGAUGGUAAGCCUGGGCCUUAACUGCUUGGCCAAAUUUCAUGGUAAAACAUUUUAUGUAAAUAAAUCUCUACUCCCUAAAGUC